CAGGGUUUUCCUGGCUCCGUCCAUUUCCCUAUCUGUCUCUCAUCCUCAACAAAAUUCUCCCCAUGAAAUGGCAGAUCACUUUGGAGGCGCAAUCUCUCUCUCUCGAGAACUCCCCAACACCUCUGAUGACUCCUCCUCCGAUCAUAGCCCAAGAAGUGUCCCUACACUCUCCGCCACUCCUGUAACUGCAGACUCUCCAUCAAGACUUGGUCGACCCCACAACAAUACCUCUCCUGAUGAUCACAUCCACCACAACAACAUCCAAUCAGUUCAGAUCCAGAGAAAGCCAAGAGGCAGACCUCCGGGCUCAAAAAACAGGCCUAAACCACCCAUUAUCAUCACCAAAGACUGUGAAUCCUCCAUGAAGCCAGCCAUCCUCGAGAUCUCCGCUGGUUCUGAUGUAAUCGAAACCAUCGUCAACUUUGCUCGUAGAAACCAUGCGGGCAUAAGUGUUAUAAGUGCAACUGGGUCUGUUGCUAAUGUUACUCUUCGCCACCCAGUAUCUCAUACUCCUUCUCUAUCUCUACAUGGACCGUUUAACUUGCUUGCAUUGUUUGGCUCUGUUGUUGGUUCUCUCGCAACAAAAAAAGCAUCAUGCGCUUCUUCUCCUCCUGGUUCUGCAGUGCAUUCUUGUUCUUCUUUUGGGAUAUCUCUUGCAGGGGCACAAGGGCAGGUUUUUGGAGGUAUAGUGGCUGGAAAGGUGAUAGCUGCAACGCAAGUUGUGGUGGUGGCAGCUACUUUCUUGAACCCUACGUUUCACAGGCUACCAGGUGAGAAUGACGAGGCUGACCAAGAGACUAAACCUAGUGUUGGCGGCGGCGGUCCUGCAAGCGAGUCUUGCGUUAGUACUGGCAUGUCCAUGGCUGUUUAUGGUGUGGCUAAUCCAACUCCAGUCAAUUGCCAGAUGUCUCCUACUGAAAUUAUGCACUGGCCGGGUCCUCCCUCGCGCCCAUCUUAUUAGGAGAAAUAAAAUGUUCACCUUUCUUGGGCAAGGAUUUAGGUGCAAAAUCGAGUUAGAUGACUUGCAGUUUGUGGUAAUUAGUUUUACAAAAUUGUCUGGUGGUGUUUAAGAAAGUGAAAUUUAGUUCGAGAAUUUUAUUGUUAGAAAUUCAACUAAAUUGAUUUGUCUUUCUCUGGA